AUGGCGAAUGCUCGCCAGGAAAAAAAGGAUCGAAAAGGUAAGGGAAAGAUCAGGGAUAUGGACAGGGUCUUAGUAGAUAUGGGAAGCUCGGUAGACAUUCUCUUCUAUCGUGCAUUUAAAGCUUUGAGAUAUGAAGAUUCCGACAUGAUACCUUCGGCAUACAAUCUGUACGGAUUCAAUGGGAUGGCAACCAAACCAAAAGGGGAAAUAUGCAUAAAGAUCAUUGUGGGAGAUCUAGAGACGGAAGUUACUGUCUGUGUGGUGGACGUGGAAUCACCCUACAAUGCCCUCAUGGGAAGUCCAUGGAUUCAUGGAAUAAAGGGGGUUGCAUCGACUUACCAUCAGGUGAUACGAUUCUCAAUGCCAAGUGGGAUUGGUGAGAUUAAAGGAAAUAUGAAGAUACGAAGAAUUGCGGUGAAAAGGAUAUCAAAAACUACAAAGAUAGGUUAA